GGAAUCUAUCCAAUCAAUCCUCAGAAUUUGAGCUCACCACCAUUUCCUAUUUUCUGCGACAUGACUUCGAAGAACGGCGUUGGUGUCACAGUAAUCUCGCACGACAGUGAAGCGAGAACUAAUGUUUCAGGAUUUGAAGAAAAAGGAUCGUACGUGAAGAAUGUCACAUAUAACAUUACUUUGGAGCAGGUUGUCGCGAUCAUAAACCAAUCAAGAAACUGUGAACAGUUUAUUAAAUACGAGUGCCACAAUGCAGAUCUGUUACUCUAUGGCACAUCCUGGUGGGUUUCCCGGCAAGGAAAGAAAAUGAAUUACUGGGGGGGAGCAGCUGUCGACAGUGGAAAAUGUGCCUGUGGAAUGAUCAACAGCUGUGCAGAUAGAAGUCAGGUCUGUAACUGCUGUCAAAACGAUGGUAUACUACAUGAAGAUAGUGGCUUUCUUAUCGACAAAAGCACGUUACCCGUCACACAGCUGCGAUUUGGAGACACUGGUUUGGAGAAAGAAUAUGGUUUUCACACUCUAGGAAAACUGCUUUGCUGGGGUCGUGAUGGCAACUAA